AAACGAAUUCAAGGGCGACAGUGUUCUAACGUUCGAACAGGCGAACAUAUUGAAUUUUUUGCAAAAGUAUCGUUGAAUGAAUGUCGAUCAGGCGGUGAUAUUGCGAUUUCGAUUGGCGCCUAUGGCUAUCAGACCGUUUCGGCUAUGUACAUCACACCAUUCUGUGGUUGUGACUGUGAAAAAGUACAGAAUCAGGAAAAAGGAUCACGUUUAUGCUACGGUGCUGGAGAUUUGAUAUGUGGCGUAUGCGAAUGCCAGCCUGGUAAAGGUGGUAGCCACUGUGAAUGUGACUUACAUCAAUAUGGCGUCCGGACUGCCCAGGAGCUGGAAAAUAAAUGCCGACGAACUCCGAACGAGCAGAUUUGCAGCGGUAAUGGUCAGUGCAGAUGCGGCCGUUGUGUCUGUAAUGUUGAGCAU